AUGAACGUGUGGUUUGCGAUUACUCUGUUACUUCCAAAUGUGGGAAACGGGAUGCCCUGGAGACCCUCCCUGGGUCCACCCCCGAGGCCCCCGGGUCCCCCGGUAGCCGUCAUGACAGACGUUAUAAACGACCUAGGUGUUAGCCUCCUGGAUUGCUACAUGGAGCAACCGGGUAACAUUGCCUUCUCCCCAACGGGACUGGCGUUCGUCCUGACGGCCUUGUACGAGGGUUCAGCGGGUCGCACAUCGAGACAAAUAGCCCAAGUAUUAGCACUGCCCCGGGACCGUCGUGUCACCGAGAUUGGACUCCGUGACAUUCACCGUAGGCUGCGAAGCUACCUAAACGCCGACGCCUUUCUCGGUGGCCUCACUCUGAAUCGCGACGAUAUCGUAUUAAGACCGGAGUACGAGGACACCCUGAGGUUUUACGGUUUUGACGUGGGUGAUCAGAAUAAUACGACUGAGACUGGGAAUGUCACUACUGUUAUGACGACGGCAGCAGUUGCGGGGCAGAUGAGCGAUGACGGAAGUACAACCCCUGGACCGAUGCUGAUGGCAGGAGUAACAGACUCGACGGCUUCGACGUCAUCUCAGAUGAUGGUGACAGCGCCGAUGCCCGCGGUGACGUCUAAUGCGACCGCUUCCGUGGACUUGACCACCAAUCCCAUGGCGGAAUCGAUCACAACAAGUCCUGGAACUGCUUCCGGGAUGUCUGAUGGUACCGUAAACGCGAUGAUCGCUGCCAUCUCCUCUGUCAAUGGGACCGCGGGGUCCCUGACGACAGCAUCCACGGCUUCAACUGCUGUAAAUAUGGAAAGUAGCAGUGAUUCUACGACGAAUAGUACUGGGGCUGUUAAUGCUGCUACUGUGACCCCUGCCAGCACUGUUCCUGUGGGUUCGACUCCUUCAGGUGCAUUGGGCAAUGAUUCUGGGAUGAAUAACUCUCAAAUAGUCGUAAACGUGACGGACACAACAACAACUGUCGUCACAGUAGCGAGUGGACAGGGCAUGAAUAAUUCAGCUGGAAAUAAUUCUGAUGCUGGUAAUGCACGAUCUGUUGGCGGAACGAGUACCAGUAAUUUGAAUAGCACGGGUAAUUCGACGAUCAAUGACACUGAGGGGAGUUCAGGUAAUUCAACCGUUGAAAUUGUGACAGAAGCCUUCGCGCUUGUUGAUGGGAAUGAGGGGAUGAAUCAGUCGAUGGGAAUGGUCACUAAUGAUGAGAAUAGAAUUAGGAAGAGGAGCAUUGGACAUCAGAGGUUUACGAAUUAUCCAGGAGACGGCAUUUGGAUUGACGACGCGAACGGAUGGCUCGGGUACAAUCCCUCGGGAACGUUGGACGACUCGAUUAUUAACGAGGAUAUGACGGAUCUGCAGUUUCUCGUCAACGGGUGUGAUCCGUCGACAAUAUCCACUGCCACUUAUACAGCUGCUCUGCCCUUCGCCUACAUUCCCUCUCUCCGGGCAUUCGGUGUUGAAUUUCCACUCGAUGAUCCAAGAUACAAUGUGAUCCUGCUAGUCCCCACCGAAGGAGUCACCAGUCGACUUCUGGUGAGGCUUCUCCACGGGAAGACUCUGAGGCACAUCAGGGCGUCGAUGAGGCCCACGUGGGUCAGAGCUACGAUUCCCUCCUUCAUGCUCCGAGGCUUCAUCACACUGACCCCUUACCUCCAAAAACUAGGGAUUCGAGAUGCGUUCGAGCCGAGAGCCGCGGAUUUGACCCCCAUGAGCCCAGACCUGGGGAUCUACGCGAGGGACGUGCAGCAGAGUAUCGGCGUAAACAUCAGAAACUACAUGAGAGAUAGAAACGAUAGCACAACCACCUCCACCAGAAGUCCUUAUCAACGGCCAGAGAAUUAUCUGCAUACCAGGGAACCAAUUCCAUUCACUGUCGAUCGUCCCUUUCUAUUUUUUAUUGUUGACACUGAGACCUCUGUGGCACUCAUCGCGGGGAGAAUCGAUGAUCCCCUCAACUCCAGGAUCGUCUGAGUGCCAGGAAGGCAUGGGGGCGGGAGAAGGGGGUGAAUGAAUAAAAAAUUAUUUGUAUACAAAAAAGGGGAAUCGAGGAGGCAAGACACCGGCUACCUCGUGGUAUUCAUCAGGGAGAUGUAUUCUUUCGUCACAAUUCGCGGAAAUUAUCCUUUUCUCUUUUGUUCACUAGCUUUGGCGUUCAUUCGCGUUUUUUCUUUUCAUUCGCUGCAACAAACUCAUUCAUUCGAAUACACUCUCAGAGACACGAAAAUAAAGAA